AUGAGCGAAAAUCAAUCAACAUCGGAACCUCAACUUCCACCACAAGCCAAUGCCACCAUCGAUACCAUUGUUCAAUACAUUGUCAUUAGAAGAGAUUUAAUGCAACCACCUUAUUCCUAUGCUAUUGGUUCAAUUGUCUCUCAGGGAAGUCAUGCCAGUGUUUCCAUCAUUUCCGAAAGUUUACUUAUUGACAAGGAUCCAAUUACUUUGAAUUAUGUAGAUGCUAAUGCUAUCCAUCAAAUGCAUACAAUUGUUUUGGAAUGUCCUUCGGAGAAACAAUUACUUUCCCUUCGUGAUGAUUUGGAUAAGAAUCAAAUGAAAUAUAAAUUGUGGGUGGAACAACCAGAAAAUAUUCCAACUUCAAUUGCUUUGAAACCUUAUCCUCGUUCUCUGGUGGCUAAAUUUGUAAAGAAAUUUAAACUUUUUAAAUAG